UCCUAGAGAGGAGGCUGGAGUGGAAGCCAAGGGGGGAAGGUUGCAUGCACACUGUCAAAAACAGGGGAGGCUUUUGUUCUUGUUUAACUUCAGGGAAGAAGGAGGGAAGGGGUCUGGCCUUGGUAAUUUUCUCUCUUUGCUUGCAUCCAAGAGAAAGAAAGGAAGAAGGGGAAAGACAAAAAGUGCAAAAGAACAAAGCUUGGCACAUCUUUCUGAUCCAAGUUGUAGUCAAUUCUUCUAGAAUUUUCUAGCAGGUGAUACUGCAAAGAAUGAAAAUGGAAGCGGAAGAGCCUAGGAGCACAGGUGAGGCAUUGGAAAGCACAAGAAAACCCCCACACAUCCACCUGGACACAACAGGUUUCAACCCCAACAUGGACUCUGAUGCAAUGGGUUGUGAUGAAGUGGGAAUCCCCCUCUCAAGGAUAACUCCAACUCAGGUGAAGGAAGAGCCCCAAAAAGGAUUUAUGGCCAAGCACUGGGAAUCCCAAUGGCAGACGUUCCUGAAGACGGUGGAGUCUCCUCAAUCACAAUGGCUAAGCCCACCACUGUCAAUAGAAACCACCCCAUGGGAUGACGCUCAGGCCUUCCUCAUCUCCUUUGAACAAGUGGCCAAGGCCUGUCGUUGGCCGAAAGAAGAGUGGGCAGCCCAGCUCCUGCCAGCCUUCAGUGGGGAUGCUGAACAGGCCUUUCUGGACCUGGAGAUCAGAAACAGAGAGGAUUAUGGGAGUGUCAAGGAGGCCAUCUUGAGAAGGGACGCCAUGAUCCAGGAGAAGCACCGUCAAAACUUCAGGGGGUUUUGCUACCCAGAAGCCAAAGGACUGAAAGAUGGUUACAGACAGCUUCAUGAACUUUGUCAUCAGUGGCUGAAGGUUGAGAAACACUCCAAGGAGGAGAUCCUGGAGCUGCUGGUUCUGGAGCAGUUCCUGACCAUCUUGCCCUUGGAGAUGCAAAAGUGGGUUAUGGAGCAUUACCCAGAGUCCUGUCCCCAGGCGGUGGCCCUGGCUGAGGGUUUCCUGCAAAAGCAGCAAGAGGCUGAGAAGGAGGAAGAACAGGUGCCACAAGCAGUAGCGGCAGCUGUGAUUUCCUCAGAGGCAAACUGGACUGUGAUGGGUGAACAAAAGCAGCUGUCUACCAGAAUUAAGGAGGAAACAAAUGAUGAACAGACCAACCUGUUUGGUAAGAUGCAAUGUGAAAUUGUGUGUGCUUGAGUGCUUAGAAAGUUUAAACGCAGGGUAGAGAGACUUUAAACCAGGGAUAUGUAACCUCUGUCUCAUGGACCAGACAUAAUCUCUGAAAGAGUCUUUUCUGACUUACUACAAAA